AUGGCCGCCGAUACGUCCGAAGCUCGAUUACGAUUCCUAAGAGAGGCAGCAUAUCAGCUCACUACGUCCGCGCCAACUGUAUCAGCUGCUCUUUCGUCACAUUAUAUCCAAUCUGUCAUUGGCGCCGACGACCUGCAACACGCGAAGAAGGAGUGGGACACACUGCGGCGCGAAGUAUGUGGUUCUUGCGGUAGCAUCUUGCUACCAGGAUGGUCAGCUUCUGUUUCCCAUUUGUCUCGUCGGGCCAGAGCGCAGAAACAACCUCCAAAGCCAGCAACGCUUCCGGGGAAGACACUCGUUUGCACAUGCUUACGAUGUGACCGGAAAUCAGUUCAGACUCUGCAGUCCAGGGCCCCUAAACAUGUUAUUUCGAAGCCUAUCCGCACAGAGACUGAGGCUACGAAGGCCCCGGAUGUACACAUGAAGAUCGGACACGAUCAAGAUAAAGUCAACAAGUCAGCGAACGCGACGAGCAAGCAGAGGAAGAAGUCUCGCAAAGGAGGUCUGCAGGCCAUGCUCGAAAAAACCAAAAAUCAAAGCUCGGGACAGGGUGGACUUGGACUCGACCUGAUGGACUUUAUGCAAUGA